AUGAAGAUCCAGAAGUUGCUUCUUCUACCUACUGUCUCCUUGGCCACAUCGACGGGCUUUCCUACCUGCUUGCUCGGGCGCGGCGGAUGGCAACUGGGUCACGGCAGACUCGAUCUUUCUGCUUUUGCGGCAUACGAAAACAUCAUUGCCUCUUUGGCUUCCCUACUUAACCUGAGAUCCCACUGCCGGAACCAAAACCUGGGUUUACACGACCAGCGUCUCGCUCUCACUUGGGUACAAGAAAUCAUCGCCUCCUUUGACGGCGACCCGUCCAAGGUUACAAUCUGGGGCCAGUCCGCAGGCUCCUUUUCGGUGGACCACCACCUCAAAGCCUACGCCAACGACACGCUAGUCCCAUUUCGAGCUGCAAUCAUAUUUAGCGGCCAGAUGAGUUUCGGAAACCUCGCCCAUCCGCCGCCCGGAAUCGAUGCCUAG